GUGACCUAUGUGAAGAGACUUGGAAACACCAAAACAUGGACAGACCAAGAGACAAAGAAAGAGAAAUGGAGCCAGCCUCAUAUGAUUGGACUAGGGGGAGGGAGAAAUUUCCUGCAACCAGAAGAAGAGAUGGAGAGAUUGGCAGGAGAGAAAGAGACAGGCGGAGAGAUGGAGAUCGCCAUGCAAAUGGAAAGUCAUCAGUGUCAGAACAUGCUGAAUAUGGAGACCGAGACAAUGAGAGGAGAAAAGGGGACACUUUUCCAAGAAUGACAAAACCAAGCAAAGAGAGAGAUGGAAGGAUGCCACUUUCAGAAUAUAAAAGGGAGCAUCACUUAGGAAGACAGAAAGACAUUUUGUAUGAAGAUGAAAGAGAGAGGGAAAGAAGGAGAUACAGAGAAAUGGACACACAGAGUGAAAGAGAAAACACAAGAUACAGGGAGGAGAAGAAAAAUGAAAUGAGAAGGCCCGUGAAGGAGGAGCCAGAGAGACGAAGGGAACGAGAUAAGGAGUUUGACUCUGGAAGGAAAGAAAGAAGGAGAGAAAGUUACUCAGGUGUUGUUGAACUUUCAGGCAUGAGGGAAAGAGAGACAGACAGAGAGAGAGACAAACUUAGAAAAAGAGACAGAGAAGACAGGUAUUAUCCUCGACUCUUGGAACGAGAGAUAGAGAGCUUUUCAGAUAGGGAAAUGAGGACUGAGAGACAUAGAGAGGGAGAGAGAUCUAAGAAAAGAGAUACAAAAAGCGAAGGAGACAGUGAUGGAGACAGGGUUAAGGAAAAGGAGAGAGUAGAGGAUGCUAAACAUGGACACAAACUCUGCAAGAGUGAAGGAGACAGCGAUGCAGAUCGAAGGGUACACAGAGUUAGAGAGAGAGACAGACGUAGAGAUAGAGAAGCAGAGAGACGGCAAGACAUGGUGAUGCCAAGAGAAAGAGAUUACCGGGAAACAGGUUCUCAUGAUCCAAAAGGUGAAAAUUUGGAGCGACUCAGAGAGACUGAUAAACUAAGAGAUAAAAUUAGAGACUCCAAAGAGAAAAUAGUGCACAGAGAUGCAUACUCAUACACAACUGACAGAGUAAGGUAUAGAGAUGGAGAAAGGAUAAGAGAGAGGGAUAGGUAUUCUGAAAGAGAGAUUGAAGAGAGGGAGAGGCGAAGGAGAGAGAACAGAGAGAAAGAGAGAAGUAAAAUGGAGAAGAGCGGACAAAGUAGUGGAGAGCUGAUUUCAGGAAGUGUUGUCGAGAAUGAACAAGGGAGGGAAAUGAGAGAGAACCCUAAUGACAAAGAACGAGAAAACACUUCUGAGAUUGAUAAAGAGAAACUGAUGGGAAAAACAGAGGAAGAGCAGGAAGUAAAGAGUGCACUGAGGGAAGAAGAGGAGGGUGAACGCUUUGCUGCUGAGGAAGCAGUUCCAAAGCAAGCUAAGAUCAGGAUACGGAAAAUGUGGCUGGAACCUCGAAGUGAGAGAAAAGAAUCCCAUUUAGAAGAGAAGUACAGAGAGAGAGACAGAGCUAGAGAGAUGUACAUCCAAAGAUACAAAGAAAGCAAGACAACUGGUAAAGAAGAAGAACCUGAGAGAAAGAAAGAAAACAAGAAAAAGAGCCCUGAGGACAAGUAUAGAGAACUUGAAAGGGCUGGGGAGUUCAUGAGGGAUGUGGAUGUAGAAAGGGAGGAGAAAAGCAUGGAAGGGAACGUGGUUUGUGAAAGAGAAGCCCUGGAAACAGAGUGGCAGAUGGAAAUGGAGAAUGUGACCGAUAACAUGGAAGAGGAAGGCAGAGAGGAACAGAAAAAAAACAAUAGAUGCGAGUACUUGGGUAACGAGGAAGGAAGUGAGGGAGAAUCGGAACCAGAGAAAGACAGAAUAAUGUCAGCAGAUGAUGGAUUUGUGACAGUCUCCAGUGGAGGGGAUGAUGCUGAGGAAGAGAAUUUUGAAGACUGCAAAGAAUUCUGGGAUGGUGGAGUUGCUGAAGAUGAAACUGCUCAGGGCAGAGAGGUCAGAAAAGAUGAAGAACUGGAAAACCAAACAUCGAACGAGAGAGCAGAUCGUAGGGCUCCAAAAGGACCCGUAAAAGUUUUUUGUGUGAUUGGUCAGACCCUUCCCAAGUCCCAAACCAAACAGAAUGCACAUGUAGAUACUACUGUUGAGGAAGCAGCCAAUCACCAUUCAACUCAUGAUGUGGACAACCAAGGUGAAAUGAGCACUGCAAAUGCAUUUGAAAAGGUUGAACAUAGUGAACAAGACAUUGAAAGAGCGAUGGAUGACCUCACUCUUUCUCCUAAUGAGGACAAAGGGGAGGAAACAGCAAUUAAUGACCUGGCAAAAGAGGGUGUAACAUCACUGGAAGGCCAAACGAUUAUUUCCAAUGAGGCAUCAGAACAAGGCACCCAACUCUUCCCAACACAGCCUUCUGAAACUUUAGGGCCAUGCGAGGAUAAUGGUCAUGGAGCUCCAGAAAUUCAUAUUGAAGACACAUUACAAGGAGGAGAAAAAGAAGCUACUGGAGAAACAGUGAAGUAUUUUGAUUCAGAUGACACAUGGGGCACAACCGAGGAACGAAAGCGAUGCUCUACUGCUCCUCAUCUUAGAUGGGCCAAGAACGUGGUGAAAGAGAUCCUGGGUCUGAAUGCGGUGGACACAGAAAAUACGAGAGAUAGUGAGGAGGAUGAAUUAAGUUCCACCUGGAGUGAAAUGGAUCUAAGGAAACUUGGGAGGACAAAAAAUAGGAAUUCUAAAUUCUUCAACUCUCAGUUGUAUCAGGAAUACAGUGAGGUGGUCCAGAACCGAGAGAUCCUGCUGUCUCAUACCGAUUCUAUAUCAAUAAGUGGAGACAAUCUCAAUAUCCGUUCAUCUUCUUCUCCAAAUCAUUCCCCUAAGCUAUCACACAGACCUCUCCCACCUCUCCCUCAAGUCAUCCACCACACUCUGUCUCUAACCAACUCCUUUAAAAGUCUUAAUGUGCCUCAGCAAUCCUUAAACAGACCACCUUCCCCUCGCCUGUCCAUCUCUGCUUCCUCACCCACACUGUGGCAGGAGCUCCCGGGAGUGAGGAACAGCCCAGAUUUUGGGGAACUCAAUGAAGAUGCGAGACGUCUGCAGGAGGUGAGGUUUGAGGUCGUGACCUCUGAGGCAUCAUACUGCCGCAGUUUGGACAUCGUAGUGGAGAACUUUGUCAUGUCCAAGCAGCUCAAUGUUAUCCUGUCUUCACAAGACAAAAACUGGCUGUUCUCCAGGCUAAAUGAUGUUAGAACCAUCAGUCACAGGUUUCUGUCUCACCUGGAAGAAACAGUAGAGAAGGACAUAAUGCACUUUACCGUCUGCAACAUCAUUAUCAAACACUGUCCAGAAUUCCGAAACAUGUAUGUGCCAUACCUUACCAACCAAUCAUAUCAGGACAAGACGUAUCAAAGAUUAAUGGACGAGAGUCAUGAAUUCCGUAAAGUUGUGGAAAGGUUAGAGCGUAACCCGGUUUGUCAACGACUGCCUUUACGAUCUUUCCUCAUUCUGCCGUUCCAAAGGAUCACUCGCCUCAAACUGCUAGUGCAGAAUAUAGUAAAGAGAACCGCUCCAAAGACCAAGGAUGAAGCACAGGCCAUUAAGGCCAUGAAACUACUUGAAAAGAUGAUCCAGGAAAGUAAUGAAAGUAUCUCUCAAAUGAAGAACAUUGAGUCACUUGUGACUCUCAAUGCCAAAGUUGACUUUGAGUGUAGGACUCUUCCAUUGAUCAGUCAGUCCCGCAGACUUGUACGAGAGGGACCUGUGACUGAACUGAUAGACUUUUACCUGAGAGACAGGGAAGAUGAAAGAAGUGCUUAUAUGCACCUUUUUAACGACUAUCUCCUGCUCUCUUUGCGGAAGGAAGGGGGUAGGUUUACAGUUAUCGACCAUGUUCCUGUGUCAGAGCUGCGGGUUGAGAACUGCAGGUUCAAACUGCAUUCCUUACAGAAAAACCUGUUCCGUCUGCACAUGUCGCAAAAAGCCCUGCUUUUGAAGACAGACACCCAAGCUGAUAAAUUGCGCUGGAUAUCAGCACUCUCACGUCCUUAUCCUGAGAUUGACUUCAGUGCAGUUCAGGACUUUUCACAAAUGCAGUGCAUCAGAGCCUUUGCUGCCCAGCAGCCAGAUGAACUUAGUUUAGAGAAAGCUGACGUUCUAUUAAUUCACCAGCAGAGUAGUGAUGGCUGGGUGGAAGGAACCCGUCUGUCAGACAGGCAACGUGGAUGGGCCCCCGAAUCUCACCUGGAGACAAUAGUCAGCGACAAAACAAGAAAGCGCAACCUGCAGGACACCAUGAAAAUUGCUACAGCUGCAUUGUGAAGCCAUAUGUACAUUCUUCAAGGUUCUCAGGCAGACUUAUUCAACCACAGUUUUUUAAUGUUACUUUAAAGUCUUGUGUAAAAAGACCUUCAAGAACUUUGGACUUAUGUGGGAAGUUUCUAUUUAUUUUGUGGAUAUACUCGAGCUGAUAAGGGUGAUGCGGGCGAUAUGUCAGGGUAUUCCACACCCUGAGAAAGACUCUGGGAUGAUGCUGAAUUGUGCCAACAGAGCUUCUUGGAUAUCUCAGGAUUUCUUGCAAAUGGCACAGCCAAAUGCAUUACCUGCUCCAAAUGAGCGUCUAUGCAAAGUGUUUAUGUAAGCAUCGUGUAAAGACUUGUCUUAUAAUUUGGAAGUGGGGUGUCACUCUGGACAGAAAAU